AUGUCUCAGUUCUCAACUGAGGAUGAGGCUGAACUAAGACAGAAUCUCAGGUACACCAUCCAUUGAAUGUGCAGAGGAAAUAUUUAUUCAUCUGGAGGAGACGGACAAGAACUUGCAUAAUUAUGCAGAAAUGAAAUACCUUCUCAUUUGCUACAAUCAAAUCUGUAGUAAUUGAUAUCCAUUAUUAUCAAACGCUUGUUUAAUAUCCGUCUCUUUUUCAGAUAUGAAUUUGUUAAGUACCUUCGGCAGUAUGUGGAAAGCGCUCUGGGAGCAGUUAUUGAGGAGGAGACAGAGAGCUGUGCCAGAGGAGAGGGGCAUGCUGUUCUGUCCGGUCAGAACACCUUGGUUCAUGCUGUUACAAGGAGGACUAGAGAAUCUGGAGAGUAUGUAUGGUGUCUCUCUAUAAAGCAUUCCCAGUGAAGACUUGUCACUAGUGACUUUUGAUUAACUUUAUCCUUUACGAUAUGACUAACAUGGCUCGUCACUUACUUCAGAGUAUGCCAUUGCUUACAGGGAGUCUAAAGCCUAUGUGCUUGUGUGCUUCACAAUGAAUACAAUCUUGAAGCAGUAGUGUAGACUAGAUCUUGCAUUGUAUUUACCUGUCUCAUUUACUUUGUGUGAAAUUUUAUCAGGUAACAAUAAUGUAAAUGCCUGCGCCAAAGCCUGCGAUCUUAUCCUCCACAAAAUCGUCUGUAGCGUCCGAACAGUUUGGUUUACACAAUAAUAUGGAAAGGUGAGACUCUCACGAACACAUACAGUACCAGUCAAAAGUUUGGACACACCUACUCAUUCAAGGGUUUUUCUUAAUUUUUUUUACUAUUUUCUACAUUGUAGAAUAAUAGUGAAGACAUCAAAACUAUAAAAUAACACAUAUGGAAUCAUGUAGUAACCAAAAAAGUGUUAAAAAUAAAUGGUAUAUUUGAGAUUCUUCAAAGUAGCCACCCUUUGCCUUGAUGACAGCUUUGCACACUCUUGGCAUUCUCUCAACCAGCUUUGCCUGGAAUGCUUUUCCAACAGUCUGGAAAUCUGUCCUUGUCUGAAGGUCCCCUUGUACCAGUUGAAAAAAAUAAGGGAAGUAUGUAUGGAGACUGUUUAGUGCCAAAAAUAACAGUUUAAAUACAUGUAAAAUAUAUAUAUAUAACAAAUGUUUCCUGAUCUUUCUUAUAUCUCUCAUAUAUAGGACAGACACUUCAGAACAAACAUCCUUUUUUAUUUUAUUUUUGGGAUUAUCUGUUGUUCUAUGUAGUGAAUCUGUUAUUCAAUGUGUUUGAAUGGGAAAAUAGCAGUAAGGCCGAAUAAAAAUGUACUUUUUUUAUAAGGGGUCUGAAAAGUCUCACUGCCUCCUUCUCACAAAUGAUCCCCAAAAUAUAAAAAUUAAAUAAAGUUGGUUCAACACAGUGGCGGGUCAUUUUGACCCUAGGACAACGGGAGGGUUAAAACAAUUCCAUAUACCUUAGUAGAACCCCCUCCCCCAGCUUAGACAGGGCUAGGACUGUAAAUGGCUAAAUAGAAUAGGAUACUCUAAUAUGGGAAUUCACCCCCUAGGGAUUUUGUGUACUCUGUUUUGUAAACAACUUUAGUUUUUUAUUGGUCUGAUGAACAUUUGUCACACAGUGAAAUUGCAAAAAUUCACACCUGCAUGAGUCCUAUAGUUUUGUUUAUCCUCUAUUCAGGAUAAGGUCCUGUGCUUUUUUGCAAAAACAUUCUCCUCUUCUCCACUGAAUUUAACAAGAGAGAUCGACACCAGUUUAGGUAAUUCAUUAGUUUUCCCCUAUAUGUUUAUGAAAUGUCUUGUUUCUUUUUCUAUUCAAAGUCUGAUGUGGAAAAUGAGUCUGACUUCCUGUACCAAAAACUGAGCCUCCCAACUGGAUCAGCUGGGAUUGAUGUACAGUGAGGGAAAAAAGUAUUUGAUCCCCUGCUGAUUUUGUACGUUUGCCCACUGACAAAGACAUGAUCAGUCUAUAAUUUGAAUGGUAGGUUUAUUUGAACAGUGAGAGACAGAAUAGCAACAAAAAAAAUCCAGAAAAAUGCAUGUCAAAAAUGUUAUCAAUUGAUUUGCAUUUUAAUGAGGGAAAUAAGUAUUUGACCCCUCUGCAAAACAUGACUUAGUACUUGGUGGCAAAACCCUUGUUGGCAAUCACAGAGGUCAGACGUUUCUUGUAGUUGGCCACCAGGUUUGCACACAUCUCAGGAGGGAUUUUGUCCCACUCCUCUUUGCAGAUCUUCUCCAAGUCAUUAAGGUUUCGAGGCUGACGUUUGGCAACUCGAACCUUCAGCUACCUCCACAGAUUUUCCACUCCAGGACCUUAAUGUGCUUCUUCUUGAGCCACUCCUUUGUUGCAUUGGCCGUGUGUUUUGGGUCAUUGUCAUGCUGGAAUGCCCAUCCACGACCCAUUUUCAAUGCCCUGGCUGAGGGAAGGAGGUUCUCACCCAAGAUUUGACGGUACAUGGCCCCGUCCAUCGUCCCUUUGAUGCGGUGAAGUUGUCCUGUCCCCUUAGCAGAAAAACACCCCCAAAGCAUAAUGUUUCCACCUCCAUGUUUGACGGUGGAGAUGGUGUUCUUGGGGUCAUAGGCAGCAUUCCUCCUCCUCCAAACAUGGCGAGUUGAAUUGAUGCCAAAGAGCUCGAUUUUGGUCUCAUCUGACCACAACACUUUCACCCAGUUCUCCUCUGAAUCAUUCAGAUGUUCAUUGGCAAACUUCAGACGGGCCUGUAUAUGUGCUUUCUUGAGCAGGGGGACCUUGCGGGCACUGCAGGAUUUCAGUCCUUCACGGCGUAGUGUGUUACCAAUUGUUUUCUUGGUGACUAUGGUCCCAGCUGCCUUGAGAUCAUUGACAAGAUCCUCCCAUGUAGUUCUGGGCUUUCCUCACCGUUCUCAUGAUUAUUGCAACACCAUGAGGUGAGAUCUUGCAUGGAGCCCCAGGCCGAGGGAGAUUGACAGUUCUUUUGUGUUUCUUCCAUUUGCGAAUAAUCGCACCAACUGUUGUCAUCCUUCUCACCAAGCUGCUUGGCAAUGGUCUUGUAGCCCAUUCCAGCCUUGUGUAGGUCUACAAUCUUGUCCCUAACAUCCUUGGAGAGCUCUUUGGUCUUGGCCAUGGUGGAGAGUUUGGAAUCUGAUUGAUUGAUUGCUUCUGUGGACAGGUGUCUUUUAUACAGGUAACAAACUGAGAUUAGGAGCACUCCCUUUAAGAGUGUGCUCCUAAUCUCAGCUCGUUACCUGUAUAAAAGACACCUGGGAGCCAGAAAUCUUUCUGAUUGAGAGGGGGUCAAAUACUUAUUUCCCUCAUUAAAAUGCAAAUCAAUUGAUAACAUUUUUGACAUGCGUUUUUCUGGAUUUUUUUGUUGUUAUUCUGUCUCUCACUGUUCAAAUAAACCUACCAUUAAAAUUAUAGACUGAUCAUUUCUUUGUCAGUGGACAAACGUACAAAAUCAGCAGGGGAUCAAAUACUUUUUUCCCUCACUGUAAACAGACCGGACAUCUUCUAAAACCAUUAUGCACCCUCUUUAAUGUGAUACUUGCAUGGCAGUUAUACCCAUAUGAAUAUGAUACAGUUUUUAUUUACAUUUAUUUUCCCACCAGAUGUGACUAAUGAAUGAUUUUCAGAAGGAAGUGAUAACCUUUUGGAUUAGCCACCCAGAAAAGUGAGAUGUUCUGUUUUACGGUAUAUUCAGUGAUCAGCACUUGCAAAGUAAUAGUUUAGUCUAAAAUGUAACUUUGUCUCACUAGGUACAUGGAGGAGAUAAUAGAGGGUCCUUACACCCUGAACACGGCUUAGGCACACAAGGGUCAGAGAAAGCCUUGUACUUCAUUGCCUUACUGGAUAUCAAAGCCACCUGGUUUAAGAAAUGGAUGGUGAGCACAAUAUUAACCUUGCUUCUCUAAACACUACAAGAAACCGGUCCCCCCCAUAAGUAGUCUAACCAAUUGUCAGUGCUGAGUGAAGAUGAUGUCAGUCCUGUCUCUUCCAGCAUGGUUACUACAGCAGGACCGUGGUCUACAGGCUUCUGGAGAGGAAGUACAAGUCUCUGGUGAGUGAGUGACGACUAAUCUUAAUGGUUCUGUUCUGUGGCAGUGAGAGUGGACUGGAAAUGAGGGUGGUGAGAGAUAGACGAUGAGCUGAUGAUUGACCACUACAGGAAUAUCAAGGGUCUGUCUCUGAUUGUCCUCCUUCGUGAUUAGAAAUGAGUUCCCAGUUUCAUUAAGAUUAAAUUCUUAAUUGCCUUUAUAGCUAUUAAAAACUUGCCAUACAUGUAAUGCUUGCCUUACAGUAUGACAUUGAUGGAUGAUGAAGACAUUACAUUUGCUAUUCAUAGUUAUAUUCUGAGGUAGAGUUCUGGAAAAUAUAUUAACUUAAAACUAAUUAUUUUUAAUUAUUUCCUGGUCUUCAGUUGUAUUUUCUUCAGUGUUUAAAACGUCCCUUUGAUGAUUGUAAUGAGUGCUGUUAUAUCCCAGAUUGUAGCAGUUCAUCAGUAGUGUAUCUAUUGAGUCCUGUGACCCAUUCAUAGAUGAGACGGCUGAGGUCACCCACUCUAUCCAGAACCAGCACAUCAGUAAAUUGAACUUUAAUCUACACGGGUAUUUCUCCAUUCUAUUUCAAUUAUAUUAUAACCAAGAUCUACUGUAGCACAACACCAACAAUUGACAUGUAGGCCUAUUUUGUAUCUAGUUGUUGGAGGUGAACAUGUAUAUUUACUACCCAUGACAUUUUAAUCAGGAGAUAGUAGCUUUUUCUGUGGCUUUUCACCUGUUCUAUAACCCUUGACAACUCGAUGCAGGCGCCAGAGGCCAGCCCUCACAUCUUGCCUCCACCUCUCCCUAUUCACCUGGUUCACACACCUCUUUAUCCCACUGUAGUGGAGGGGGUUUAGAUGUUGAAUAAGUCAAGUCUUGUUGAGGCGGACCGUAUCAGGAGUUAUCAGGCAGCCGCUGGUUUGUUUUCCUCCGUCUGUGGUCUUAGUCUGUCCUCCUCUCCAGGCCCAAUGGCUCUGCUACUAUCUAUCGCCAGGGUCGAGGAGUGCUCCCAUGCACUGAUAGAGAUGACCACUGUGUAUACUGUAUAGUUUUGGGAGGAGCUGCAUAGUGUUGGUGGGGAUGGAGGGAAUCACUGACUGGUCAAGCUCAGGUAGUAGAGGGCUCUUGAAAAGUCUUGAUAAACCCAGAUUGUCUAUGACCAUGCAAUAUGUAUACAUCAUUUGGUCCAUAAUAAAAUAAAUGGUUUAUGUGUGGACUAGAGCUCACUAUGAUUGUGCUAAAUAACUUGUGGUAGGCUAUAUCAUUCUAGGGGGUAAUUAAGUAAAGGAGACUUAGGGUUAUGGAAAUGCAGAAAUUAUUGAAGAAUCCCUUAGGUGUUUCUUCAUUUGGUUAGGACGGAACAUAUUACUUAUCCCACACCUGUAUUCUAAUUCAGACUAGCUUCUCUCUAUUCUCUCCCAAGCUAAAUCCAUUGAGACUUCAGAAGGGCCCACUAUUUUUCUCCAUACAUUGUUUCUCCUGAAUACAGUACAAUUGAUAUGUCCACAGCCUCAUGUAUGAUAUGGAAGGCCUAGUGAAAAAGAGAUGACUAAUGCCUCUCUAUGCUGUAUAGUUCUCCAUAAAACAGAGGUGUUAUGUCCUCCCUGCCUGUCUCCUGAGCCCAGAUAGCUGUGUUAUCGUCAGAGAAGAGGGAGUAUUUCUCCGGAAAGUGCCUAGUGUUAUCUGGCAUAGAGUGAGGCUGCAUUCUUGACCUUGCAUUGGAUGAGCACAGAUAAACUGACCCCAUUGUCAGUGUUUACACAAAGGCUUUUUUGUCCCUUGUGUGAUCAUGUAGUGUCAGCACUGCCCGUAGUAUGUUUUAAUUGUUUCAGCAUAUGCUAAAAGAUAGGUUUGUGAAGAAAUUGUAUUUGGUUUCAUAUGAAAUUACAUCAGCAUGCUAUUUGUUACACAUUAUGUUAUUGGGAGUUUCACCUGAUCAGAUGUUAAAUGGGUUUAGACAGCAUUUGAUCUAUUACAUUUAUAUUUACAUCAUUUAGCAGACGCUCUUAUCCAGAGCGACUUACAAAUUGGUGCAUUCAACUUAUGAUAGCCAGUGGGACAACCACCUAUUUUUUUUUAAUGGGGGAUGGGGGAAGAAUAAUUACUUUAUACUAUUCCAGGUAUUCCUGAAAGAGGUAGGGUUUCAAGUGUCUCCGGAAGGUGGUCAGUGACUCCGCAGUCCUGGCGUCGUGGGGGAGCUUGUUCCACCAUUGGGUUGCCAGAGCAGCGAAUAGCUUUGACUGGGCUGAGCGGGAACUGUGCUUCCGUAGAUGUAGGGGAGCUAGCAGGCCAGAGGUGGAUGAAGGUAGUGCCCUCGUUUGGGUGUAGGGUCUGAUCAGAGCCUGAAGGUAAGGAGGUGCCGUUCCCCUCACAGCUCUGUAGGCAAGCACCAUGGUCUUGUAGUAGAUGUGAGCCUCAACUGGAAGCCAGUGGAGUGUGUGGAGGAGUGGGGUGACAUGAGAGAACUUGGGAAGGUUGAACACCAGACGGGCUGCAACGUUCUGGAUGAGUUGUAGGGGUUUAAUGGCACAGGCAGGGAGCCCAGCCAACAGCGAGUUGCAGUAAUCCAGAUGGGAGAUGACAAGUGCCUGGAUUAGGACCUGUGUAAGGUAGGGUCGUACUCUGCGAAUGUUGUAGAGCAUGAACCUGCAGGAUCGGGUCACCGCUUUGAUGUUAGCAGAGAACGACAGGGUGUUGUCCAGGGUCACGCCAAGGUUUUUUGCACUCUGGGAGGAGGACACAAUGGAGUUGUCAACCGUGAUGGCGAGAUCAUGGAGCGGGCAGUCCUUCCCCGGGAGGAAGAGCAGCUCCGUCUUGCCAAGGUUCAGCUUGAGGUGGUGAUCCGACAUCCACACUGAUAUGUCUGCCAGACAUGCAGAGAUGCGAUUCGCCACCUGGUUAUCAGAAGGGGGAAAGGAGAAAAUUAAUUGUGUGUCGUCUGCGUAGCAAUGAUAGGAGAGACCAUGUGAGGAUAUGACAGAGCCAAGUGACUUGGUGUAUAGAGAGAAUAGCUUAGCCCUGGGGGACACCAGUGGUGAGAGUACGUGGUACGGAGACAGAUUCUCGCCACGCCACCUGGUAGGAGCGACCUGUCAGGUAGGACGCAAUCCAAGAGUGAGCAGCGCCGGAGAUGCCCAACUCGGAGAGGGUGGAGAGGAGGAUCUGAUGGUUCAGAGUAUCAAAGGCAGCGGAUAGGUCUAGAAGGAUAAGAGCAGAGGAGAGAGAGUUAGCUUUAGCAGUGUGGAGAGCCUCCGUGACACAGAAAAGAGCAGUCUCAGUUGAAUGACCAGUCUUGAAACCUGACUGGUUUGGAUCAAGAAGGUCAUUCCGAGAGAGAUAGCAGGAGAGUUGGCUAGAGACGGCACGCUCAAGAGUUUUGGAGAGAAAAGAAAGAAGGGAUACUGGUCUGUAGUUGUUGACAUCGGAGGGAUUCUAUUCUAUUUUAUAUUCUAUAUAUAUUAUAUCUAUUCUGUUCCCACUGUUGAAUUAUAAUCUUGUUUCUGUCCAGGCAUUGCUAAAAGGACUCUACACUGCCAAAAAGCUAGAAUACACUUAUUUUGUUCACUCAUUAUGUGUGCUUGGAAGGCUUCUCAUGUACACUAAUGGGAGAAAGCUCUUUCCCAUCAAAGUGGGGAAACGCAAAGGUAUGAGCAGACAUAAAUACUUUUUGUUAGAUGUUUUUUAAAACAGUUGUCUUAUCGUUUUAGAUAAUUCUACAGUUAUUUCACAGAAGUUACGUAGACCCCAUCCUUGAGGAACAGCUGCAAUAUAUUAUUCUAGGUUGCCAACCUAACUGUCUGAUCAAUUUGUAAUUUUUCUGUUUUACAGAUCCAGUCAGUCUGACAGACCUGGUUGUCAUUCUGAUUAGCAUCAUGUACAGUGAGGGAAAAAAGUAUUUGAUCCCCUGCUGAUUUUGUACGUUUGCCCACUGACAAAGACAUGAUCAGUCUAUAAUUUUAAUGGUAGGUUUAUUUGAACAGUGAGAGACAGAAUAACAACAACAAAAUCCAGAAAAACGCAUGUCAAAAAUGUUAUCAAUUGAUUUGCAUUUUAAUGAGGGAAAUAAGUAUUUGACCCCUCUGCAAAACAUGACUUAGUACUUGGUGGCAAUACCCUUGUUGGCAAUCACAGAGGUCAGACAUUUCUUGUAGUUGGCCACCAGGUUUGCACACAUCUCAGGAGGGAUUUUGUCCCACUCCUCUUUGCAGAUCUUCUCCAAGUCAUUAAGGUUUCGAGGCUGACGUUUGGCAACUCGAACCUUCAGCUCCCUCCACAGAUUUUCUAUGGGAUUAAGGUCUGGAGACUGGCUAGGCCACUCUAGGACCUUAAUGUGCUUCUUCUUGAGCCACUCCUUUGUUGCCUUGGCCGUGUGUUUUGGGUCAUUGUCAUGCUGGAAUACCCAUCCACGACCCAUUUUCAAUGCCCUGGCUGAAGGAAGGAGGUUCUCACCCAAGAUUUGACGGUACAUGGCCCCGUCCAUCGUCCCUUUGAUGCGGUGAAGUUGUCCUGUCCCCUUAGCAGAAAAACACCCCCAAAGCAUAAUGUUUCCACCUCCAUGUUUGACGGUGGGGAUGGUAUUCUUGGGGUCAUAGGCAGCAUUCCUCCUCCUCCAAACACAGCGAGUUGAGUUGAUGCCGAGGAGCUCGAUUUUGGUCUCAUCUGACCACAACACUUUCACCCAGUUCUCCUCUGAAUCAUUCAGAUGUUCAUUGGCAAACUUCAGACGGGCCUGUAUAUGUGCUGUCUUGAGCAGGGGAACCUUGCGGGCGCUGCAGAAUUUCAGUCCUUCACGGCGUAGUGUGUUACCAAUUGUUUUCUUGGUGACUAUGGUCCCAGCUGCCUUGAGAUCAUUGACAAGAUCCUCCUGUGUAGUUCUGGGCUGAUUCCUCACCGUUCUCAUGAUCAUUGCAACUCCACGAGGUGAGAUAUUGCAUGGAGCCCCAGGCUGAGGGAGAUUGACAGUUAUUUUGUGUUUCUUCCAUUUGCAAAUAAUCGCACAAACUGUUGUCACCUUCUCACCAAGCUGCUUGGCGAUGGUCUUGUAGCUCAUUCCAGCCUUGUGUAGGUCUACAAUCUUGUCCCUGACAUCCUUGGAGAGCUCUUUGGUCUUGGCCAUGGUGGAGAGUUUGGAAUCUGAUUGAUUGAUUGCUUCUGUGGACAGGUGUCUUUUAUACAGGUAACAAGCUGAGAUUAGGAGCACUCCCUUUGUCACGAAUACUGCCGAGGCUGCUCCUCCUCCUUGUUCGGGCAGGCUUCGGCGUUCGUCGUCCCCGGAGUACUAGCUGCCACCGUUUGAUGUUUCGAUGUUUGUUUGGUCAUGUCUAGUUUAUUGCACCUGUUUCGUAUUCUGUCCUGAUUAUGUCACCUAUAAGUUUCCCUGUGUUAUGUUUUGGAGUUGUGUGUUAUUGUCCGCAUUGUCGUUUGUCUUUUUUCGGGAUAUGUUGUGCUUGGUGUAGUUUACGCGUUGCGCGUAUUCUUUGCCUCCUGUGUGUUCGAGGCCAUUUAUUUUGGAUUGUAUUUGAGUCUCAGUAAAGUCGUUUUGACUUAUCCGCUGUGUCCUGCGCCUGACUUCACCACCAUAUCCACAAAUAUACCGUGACAGAAUAACACACCUUUACAAUGGAGUCAGCAGGAGCAGCGAGGGAACCGAGUCGCUGGAGGAUUGGGUCAGCUACCAGGACGCCAGGAUCCAGCAACUCGGAUCCGCCAUGCAGGAGGUCAUGGACACCCUGCGCCGAUGGGAGAGAGGAGGUUUGCCCACACCUCCUCCUACCUUACCACCACCAUCGGCCAGCCCCACCAUACCAGCUCCGGAGUCCAGUGGCAUUCGGCUCUCGCUCCCGAGGGCAUAUGAUGGCACCGCAGCCGGGUGUCAGGGGUUCCUCCUUCAAGUGGAGCUCUACCCGGCAACCAUACACCCGGCGCCCUCGGGAUACGAGAGCGUUUCCGCCCUCAUCUCCUGUCUCUCCGGCAAGGCGUUGGAGUGGGCCAAUGCCGAAUGGAGGGGAAUAGACGCCGCCACCAUCAGCUAUGCGGAGUUCUCCUGCCGCUUCAGGGCUGUGUUCGAUCAUCCCCCCUGAGGGUAAAGCGGCGGGAGAGCGUCUGUUCCACCUUCGACAGGGGAAGAGGAGCGCACAGGAGUUUGCCCUGGAUUUCCGGACUCUAGCGGCGGAUGCGGGGUGGAAUGAGAGGGCCCUCAUCGACCACUAUCGGUGUAGCCUGCGUGAGGACGUUCGACGAGAGUUGGCCUGCAGGGACACCAAUCUCACCUUCGACCAGCUGGUGGACAUGUCAAUCGGUCUGGAUACUCUGCUGGCCACCCGCGGACGUCCAGAGUUGGGGCCGUCCAUUCCAUCCCCCAGCACCUCCGAGCCGAGCCCUAUGGAGCUCGGGGGUUAUGGCGCUAGAGAGAGGAGGAGGGAGAUACCGAGGGAGGCCGUCCCCUGCACCAACUGUGGCCGUAGAGGACACACUGCGGCUAGGUGCUGGGGAGGGUCUCCAGGGGUUCGAGGCAGCAGGUCGCGCACUAGGGAGUCAUUCCAGGUGAGUAGGCGCCCACCUCACCCAGAGCUCUCUGUUGUUCACUUUUGUAUACCUGUAGUAUUUCCUCAGGUUGCAUCUCAGUCCCAGCAUAAGGCGCUAGUCGAUUCAGGCGCAGCUGGGAAUUUCAUUAAUCGUAAUUUUUGUGUGAAGUUAGGGAUUACCCUCCUGCCCGUUGAUGCACCCUUUCCUAUCCAUGCCCUAGAUAACCGUCCGUUGGGAUCUGGGUUGAUUAGGGAGGUCACAGCGCCACUUAAGAUGAGGACGCAGGGGGGUCAUGAAGAGAUUAUUCAGUUGUAUCUGAUCGACUUUCCUGCGUAUCCCGUGGUACUGGGGCUUCCUUGGUUAAUCGCCCAUGAUCCCACCAUUUCGUGGCAACAGAGGGCUCUCAAGGAGUGGUCUAACCAGUGUGUCGGGCGAUGUUUAGGUGUUUCCGUAGGGGCGACCACGGUGGAGAGUCCGAACCAGGUGCCCGCAAUGCACAUUCCCCCCGAGUAUGAGGAUUUGGCACUCGUGUUCAGCAAAACUAGGGCGACGCGUUUGCCACCUCAUAGACGGGGGGAUUGUGCGAUAGAUCUCCUGGCGGGUGCGACACUUCCGCAGAGCCAUGUGUAUCCCUUGUCUCAAGAGGAGACGGUGGCUAUGGAGACAUACAUAGCCGAGUCUCUGAGACAGGGAUACAUACGGCCCUCCACUUCCCCUGUGUCCUCAAGUUUCUUUUUUGUGAUGAAAAAGGAUGGAGGGUUGUGCCUGUGUAUUGAUUACCGUAAUCUCAAUCAGAUCACAGUUAAAUACAGUUAUCCUCUUCCUCUGAUUGCGAGUAUGAAGGAAUCAUUACGCGGAGCGCGUUUCUUCACAAAACUGGAUCUCAGGAGCGCUUACAACUUGGUACGCAUUAGGGAUGGAGAUGAAUGGAAGACAGCAUUUAGUACCACCUCGGGUCAUUAUGAGUAUCUCGUCAUGCCAUAUGGGUUAAUGAAUGCUCCUUCAGUCUUCCAAUCCUUUGUGGACGAGAUCUUCCGGGACUUGCAUGGGCAGGGUGUGGUCGUGUACAUUGAUGACAUUCUAGUGUACUCGUCUACACGAGCCGAGCAUGUAGCCCUGGUACGCCGAGUGUUGGGUAGGCUGUUGGAGCAUGACUUGUAUGUCAAGGCAGAGAAAUGUCUGUUUUUCCAGGAGUCCAUCUCCUUCUUGGGUCAUUGGUUGUCCGCGUCAGGGGUGGAGAUGGAGAUUGACCGUGUGUCAGCCAUGCGUAAUUGGCAGACUCCAACCACUGUUAAAGAGGUGCAACGGUUUUUGGGUUUUGCCAAUUACUACCAGAGGUUUAUCCGGGGUUUUGGACAGGUGGCAGCUCCCAUCACUUCCCUGCUGAAGGGGGGCCCGGUGCGUUUGCAGUGGUCGGCUGAGGCGGACAGGGCGUUUGAUAAACUGAAGAACCUGUUCACCUCGGCUCCGGUGCUGGCGCAUCCGGACCCCGCUUUAGCGUUCCAAGUGGAGGUGGACGCGUCAGAGGCCGGUAUUGGGGCAGUAUUGUCUCAAUGCUCAGGCACGCCUCCUAAACUCCGGCCCUGCGCUUUUUAUUCUAAAAAGCUCAGCCCGGCGGAACGAAAUUAUGACGUAGGGGACAGGGAGCUGCUAGCCGUAGUUCAGGCCCUAAAGGUGUGGAGGCAUUGGCUUGAGGGGGCUCAACACCCUUUUCUCAUUCUGACUGACCAUCGUAACCUGGAGUACAUCCGGGCAGCUAGGAGACUGAACCCUCGUCAGGCUAGGUGGAACAUGUUUCUGACCCGGUUUGUCUUUAAGCUUACGUACAUCCCAGGGUCCCAGAACGGUAAGGCAGACGCCCUGUCCCGGCGGUAUGACACAGAGGAGACGUCCAUUGAGCCCACUCCCAUACUGCCAGAGCCUUGUCUGGUGGCACCGGUGGUGUGGGAGAUCGAUGCGGAAAUCGAGCGGGCGUUACGCACCGACCCUACUCCUCCGGAGUGUCCAGUGGGGCGGACGUACGUGCCGCUCGAGAUCCGUGAUCGUCUCAUAUAUUGGGCUCACACGUCACCCUCCUUUGAACAUCCAGGUAUUGGCCGGACAGUGCACUGCCUUAGUGUUAAGUACUGGUGGCCAACAUUGGCUAGGGACGUGAGGGUUUAUGUCUCCUCCUGCUCAGUGUGCGCCCAGUGUAAGGCGCCUAGACACCUGCCCAGGGGGAAGUUACAGCCCCUGCCCGUUCCACAACGGCCAUGGUCUCACCUCUCGGUAGACUUUGUCACUGACCUACCUCCCUCCCAGGGGAAUACCACCAUUCUGGUCGUUGUGGAUCGGUUCUCUAAGGCCUGUCGUCUCAUCCCAAUGCCGGGUCUCCCUACUGCCCUACAGACCGCAGAGGCUUUGUUUACCCAUGUCUUCCGGCACUACGGGGUUCCCGAGGAUAUAGUGUCCGAUCGAGGUCCCCAAUUCACCUCUAGAGUCUGGAGGGCGUUCAUGGAACGUUUGGGGGUCUCGGUUAGCCUUACCUCGGGUUUUCACCCUGAGAGUAAUGGGCAGGUGGAGAGAGUGAACCAGGAUGUGGGCAGGUUUCUGAGAUCGUAUUGCCAGGACCGGCAGGAGGAGUGGUCGGGUUAUAUUCCUUGGGCAGAGAUUGCCCAGAACUCUCUUCGCCACUCCUCUACUAACCUGACCCCUUUCCAGUGUGUGUUAGGGUAUCAGCCGGUUCUGGCACCUUGACAUCAGAGCCAGAUCGAGGCUCCUGCGGUGGAUGAGUGGUUUCGGCGCUCGGAGGAGACGUGGAACGCUGCACACGUCCAUCUGCAGCGGGCUAUCCGUAGACAGAAGGCGAGCGCCGAUCUCCUCCGCAGUGAGGGUCCAGUAUACGCCCCUGGAGAUCGAGUCUGGCUCUCGACUCGAAACCUGCCCCUUCGCCUGCCCUGCCGGAAGCUGGGUCGGCGGUUUGUGGGGCCAUUUAAAGUCCUGAGGAGAUUGAACGAGGUAUGCUACAAGUUACAACUGCCUAAUGAUUAUCACAUUAACCCCUCGUUCCAUGUGUCUCUCCUCAGGCCGGUGGUAGCUGGUCCACUCCAGGACAGUGAGAUAAGAGAGACUCCUCCGCCCCCACUGGACAUCGAGGGGGCUCCGGCGUACUCAGUCCGGUCCAUCGUGGAUUCGAGAUGUCGGAUGGGGAGUCUACAAUAUCUCGUGGAGUGGGAGGAGUACGGUCCGGAGGAACGGUGCUGGGUGCCUAGGAGGGAUAUCUUAGAUCCCUCCCUCCUGACGGAGUUCCAUCGUAACCAUCCUGCUCCGCGUCCUCCUGGCCGUCCCCGAGGCCGGGGUCGGCGCACGGCUGGAUCCGCGCGUCAAGGGGGGGUACUGUCACGCUGCCGAGGCUGCUCCUCCUCCUUGUUCGGACAGGCUUCGGCGUUCGUCGUCCCCGGAGUACUAGCUGCCACCGUUUGAUGUUUCAAUGUUUGUUUGGUCAUGUCUAGUUUAGUGCACCUGUUUCGUAUUCUGUCCUGAUUAUGUCACCUAUAAGUUUCCCUGUGUUAUGUUUUGGAGUUGUGUGUUAUUGUCCGCAUUGUCGUUUGUCUUUUUUCGGGAUAUGUUGUGCUUGGUGUAGUUUACGCGUUGCGCGUAUUCUUUGCCUCCUGUGUGUUUGAGGCCAUUUAUUUUGGAUUGUCUAUGAGUCUCAGUAAAGUCGUUUUGACUUAUCCGCUGUGUCCUGCGCCUGACUUCACCACCACAUCCACAAAUAUACCAUGACACCCUUUAAGAGUGUGCUCCUAAUCUCAGCUCGUUACCUGUAUAAAAGACACCUGGGAGCCAGAAAUCUUUCUGAUUGAGAGGGGGUCAAAUACUUAUUUCCCUCAUUAAAAUGCAAAUCAAUUUAUAACAUUUUUGACAUUAGUUUUUCUGGAUUUUUUUUUUGUUAUUCUGUCUCUCACUGUUCAAAUAAACCUACCAUUAAAAUUAUAGACUGAUCAUUUCUUUGUCAGUGGGCAAACGUACAAAAUCAGCAGGGGAUCAAAUACUUUUUUCCCUCACUGUAUCAACACCCCAAGCCUCCUCACAGUGACUCGUUACAUGCAGGUGUGGUUCACGUUGCCUCUCCCAUCCCUUGACUCACCACAAAGCCUUCUUUUACACAUGCUGCCCAGCCUCCGAUUAAGAUGAUUAAUUAAUUAUGAAAGAAGGUGCAACAGAUACUGUAGGAUGUGCCUUAAUUUUUAUGACAGCCAUUUAUCUCGAUAUAGUGUUCUAGAGUACACCCACUUUAAUUCUGUCAGUCCUUUUAUUGCCCCUUCACUUUCAUGACCAAUACUACACUAUCUUUAUUCCAGUCAAAUUAUCAAUAAUAAUGUACCUUCCCUGUCUCACAGGAUAUCCUUUGUCUGUGCUUCGUCACUAACUAGCUUACAGCUGAAAAUAGCCAUAUCGUUCAUUAUCUUUCUUCAGAUAAUGAUAACUGUUACUUAGGAAUUUACGCUGCAGAAUUUACGCUCCAGUACUACGCUGCAGAAACUGAACUGACCCCUGUGGAUGUGUGUGCGAACUGUUGAUGGUAUGUCAAGAGUUACAUAUCCACUCUAUGAGUUGUCUGUGUGAUUUUGUAUUCAUUCCGCAAUGUGCUCAAAGCCAUUUCAAUUGUUUUUUUGUGUCACAGGCCAAAUUAAUCUCCCCAGAAACUACACUCAUAUAGCAGACACUCUCGCAAGAAUUGCCACCACUGAGCGAGGAUUAUCACUUUUCUUAUAUGAAAGAAAUCUAGUUUCUGCCAAGAGUGAAGGGUAAGUUAAAACUGACUUUAUACACAGGGUGCUUAUUUAUUAUUAUGAAUAUUACACUUUCAGCAUACUAAGUAGCAUACUAAGUAUACUAAGAAAGUAUGUAGAAGUUCUUUCUCAUGUGUACUUACAGAGCACAAAUAGGAAGUUUGCUUGUUAAAGGUUUCUGGGUAACAAUUAAGUACCUUAGUGUGAUUGUUUUCAAUCAAAAUAGUCAACAACAAAAAAUUGCUUCUUAGCAAUAGCAAUUUCUCAAGCAAGAAUUUGGAUAGGACCUUCUGGGAGUGUUCUGAGUGUGGAGCGGAAAACGGAAAACUAGCUGUUAUUGGCAGAGAGGUUGGGAACUUUCUUUCUUAUUGGUCUAUUAUGUCAUUUACCACCUGGUGAUGUCACCAGGCAGGCCAAACUAUAACUGGCAGAAAUUUCAGGCACUCUUACAAGCUCUUACAAUUGUCUCACGUCAGAUGACGUCACUCCUACGCGACGCUCGUCCAUCAACCGAUCUGUCUUGUAGGAUGUGGAACUCCUCUCUAAAAAUCUAGAUUUUGCUCAUCCAUUUAACACUAGUUCCUUAUUCUGAAAAUCACUCUGCUCUCGGUAGCUAUGAUGCACUGGCUACUAUGGCAAACCAUGCUCGAUCAGCUGAGCAAAUUUGCUCCAGCUAGCAGCCUAGUACAAGCUUGUUUGAAUGGCCAUACGGUAGCUAGUUUGCCAGCUUGUUGAUGAAGUUGUACAGCACCAAAGGUGGACUCCAAUCAAGUUGUAGAAAAAUCUGUUUUCGCUUUGUAUUAUGGGGUAUUGUGUGUAGAUUGAUGAGGAGAAAGAUUUAUUUAAUCAAUUUUAGAAUUAGGCUGUAACGUAACAAAAUGUGGAAAAGGUGAAGAGGUCUGAAUACUUUCCAAAUGCACUGUAUAAAACACAUGAAAAUCACGUUUUUGAUUGCACUGAGCCUUUAGUUCUUGAUUGUUGAUACCAAAACAUCAAAGCUUGUUACUUAAAAGUGAACAUUUGAAUGGUGGACCAGUAUGAGGUGGAUCAUGUACUCAAUCAGGCUAUUUGAUCUGGCUAAAGAGCUGCCAUUGUUACAGGAGGCAGAUACAUCCCCUGGUGUGAGCAGGGCCUUCAUCUUUGUGUGUCGGCAGAUGUACAAUACAUGGGAAGGACUGCAGGUGCUCAGGCCUUAUGGCCUGUAUGAGUGCAUCGCUGCAGCCUGGGAAAAGGUAGUGUUUUUACUCUACCAAAAAGGAGCAAUAUUUCCAUCAUAUUACAGUUAAACUACAGUACUUUGUUUUGUUGUGAGUUUGGCAAUACAAAUUGCAGUUAUGUGCAGUUCUUUUAGCUAAAUGAGACCCAGUAACUCAAAGCAACUCUUCAUUGGCUUUGUCGUCAGUAAAAUUUUUAAAGUUAACUACUAUAGCAAGUUCUCGACCAAUAAAAGGUUACGUUGGAAUGGAGUGUUUUAGGAUACGUUUAUCAGCAGUUUUGCUAGUUUGAUUACUCAUUUGCCAGCUAGGACGUAUGAUAUGCUGUUGGCUGUCAUGAGCCAUCGUCUACGCCUUUAUUGAUAGCAAUUCAACAUAAUCCUUAACCUACGUUCACAUAUCAAACUCCACCCUACUACAGUCUUCUGGGUGUGGAAAACAUCUGAACAAUACACUUCCUUUUACCUGAGUCUCCUGAGUCGCCCCUCUAAAAUAUUCAGAAUAACUUUUUGAGAAUUUACCAAAAAACAUACUUUAUGAUGGAUAGGAUGUGUUUUGUUGAUCCCAAACCUCCAAUUUUGUUUCUGGUGUCCUUUGACAGCUCUUUGGUCUUGGCCAUAGUGGAGUUUGGAGUGUGACUGUUUGAGGUUGUGGACAGGUGUCUUUUAUACUGAUAACAAGUUCAAACAGGUGGCAUUAAUACAGGUAACAAGUGGAGGACAGAUGAGCCUCUUAAAGAAGAAGUUACAGGUCUGUGAGAGCCAGAGAUCUUGCUUUUUUGUAGGUGACCAAAUACUUAUUUUCCACCAUAAUUUGCAAAUAAAUUCAUUAAAAAUUCCUACAAUGUGAUUUUCAGCAUUUUUUUUUCUCAAUUUGUCUGUCAUAGUUGACGUGUACCUAUGAUGAAGAUUACAGGCCUCUCUCAUCUUUUUAAGUGGGAGAACUUGCACAAUUGGUGGCUGACUAAGUACUUUUUUCCCCCACUGUAUAUUCAGUUUCACUCACUCAAAAAGACAGUCAAAAAUUAAUUGAAUUCCCAAUGUGUUAUCACUCUGCUUUCAACCAUCUAAAGCAUAACCAAAUUCCAAUGGAAAAACAAUGUCUGAUUUUUGGUUUAGUUGUCACCUAAAUCCGUUAUCACUACGCUUUCAGCCAUUUAAAAGCACAGCAAAGUUCAAAUGGGAAUACAAUGUCAGAUAUUUUGUUUAUUUAUACAACAGAUUAAUGUGUUAUCACUGUGCUUCAUCUAAUAGCGGAAUCAAAUGACCUGGAUUGCAGUUGAGAUUACAUUAAAAGUAGCCUACAUGGUGCAAGUGAUCAAUGCCGUUCGAGUUUCUUUACAGAUGAUUACAGCAAUUGUAUUUUUACUUUUACUCAAGUAUUACAAUUGGGUACUUUUUCCACCACUGAUAUCACUAAAUAUCAUUACAUUUUAAUUCAACCAGAGCUUGAAACCCUAGACCUAUGUUAUUGUCUAUUUUUAGUUGAACUCUGUGUUUAAUUGAAACAAUAGCUGUUGAUGACUUUGCAAAUGCUAUAUAGGCCUAAAUAGCAUCAUUGAUGAUAUGAGUGAUAAAGUAUGGUCACAUUUAAUUUGCUCUGUUAAACCUACCAUUUGGAAUGACUUCGAUAGCAACAGUGAAUCUAUUUCGUUUUUAAGUGGAGAUCUCUCAACAGUCAUUCUCACGAUAGCACAUUGGUAAUAGUCAGUGACAAAUGUAAAAGCUAAGCAGGACUGGGCUUGGUUAAAACCCUGGAUAGGAGGUGCUGGCCAGCCUAUUUUUUUCUUCUGAUAGUAAAUAUAACGUUGAAGAGCUGACGUUUUAAAGGUACGAAUUCAAUAUAUUUAACACAAGGUUUGUCUGUUAAAAUGUGGUUACCAUGGUGACCAAAUCCUGUGGUUGAAAUUUCACCCUCAAAACAACAGUUGAUGACUUUUUUCAAAUGUAUUUUCCAUGUAGAUUCCACAUCACGAUACAUUUACAAAUUACUUUAAAACAACGUUGAUUCAACAAGUUUGUGCCCAGUGGGAUAUUGCCCAAGUUCAUUGUUAUGUGAGGGAUAUCGUGUGUCAGACAGGCAGUGGAGGAGAACAGAGGAGAACUUUCUCCACUCUGCUAAUAACUCAUCCCUGUGAGCCCUGUGCUCCUAUGGAGGAAGGUAGAAAGGCUGGAGGAAUGAGAUGCAGAGCCCCUAACAUCACUGCUGAACUCCUCAUUAUUGAAGUUCAGUGUACGGGUUCAGGGGUGAAUAACAAAGGACCACUUUGAAGUUAUUUUCUCCCUAUCAUAGACGAGCUCCCUGUCAGAAAGCGAUCCCACCCCGGUUCCCAGAGCCAUCCUUGGCACAUCCUCUCAAGAGCUGCAGAAUAUGUUAGUUUUGUUAGUGUCUCCCCCUGCAGGCAAAUGGUGCCUGUGUAUCUAUGAUAAUUAUGUUGUGAUUUUAUUUUGUCACCCCUCUGGCAUGUUAAGAAGGAUAAAUAAUGAGGCUCACCGUCAAUCUUUCCUUCUGCUGUCUGUUCACACAGAGUGGUUUGGGAGGAGACUUUGCUGGACAACCUGCUGAACUUUUCUGCCACUCCGAAAGGCCUGCUGUUCCUCCAGCAGACUGGAGCCAUCAAUGAGUGUGUCACCUACAUGUUCUCCAGGUUCACCAAGAAACGGCAGGUAUUACCACGUUAUAAUCAACUCUUAUUGCUUACUGGUGAUGUGCAUUGAAUAACAACACCAUGGUAGGGAUGAAUAGGCAAAAUUAAGUCCACUUCCCCACUGAGUAUUUAUUACGCCCAGCUAUGUACUGUAUGUAUAUUAUAUGCUGGUACUAUUACACUUAUUUAGAUGUAUUAUAUAGUCUCUCUUUAAGUACCCUUACUGCCCAGUGUUUUCAUCAUAUACUGCAAACCUGGGCAGAAAUCCCUGCUGCUUUAAUUGACUAGAAUUGUUUACAUGCUCUUUUAAUUACCUCCCUUGUUUUGCAUACGUUUUGCUCCAUAUUGUAAUUGAACUAAUCUAUUUUUAAGUCACACCAUUGUUUUGUAAUUAAUUAAGGAUCUUUACACAUUAAAUCAAUUUGUGUUUACGUUUCUAAAUGUUUUAAAUCUUCCAUUUCAGCUAUUAGCCCUAUUUUUUGUAAAUGCCCAUUACUUUGAUUCAUCCACAAUAGUGGUGAAAAUGUGCUUGGAAUCUGAGGCUUAAUAACCCUGUAGGUCUUACAUGCAUUUUCCACUUAUUGUUUUACUUUUAUCUUUAUAUUCUAUCAAUUGUUCCAGCUAGAGAUUUACAUAAAAUCAAUUAACAGAAAUAUAUGUAUACACUUGAGUGCCAUUUCGAUAUCCCAGAGUAUAGAAGAAUGCCUCUGGCCUAACUAAUGUGUUCCCAUUUUCAUAAUAAACAAAUAUAAUGCACACAAAGAAUGAUGAAUCACACACACACACUUUUUGAUUAUGCGAGAUAGUAAAUAGCUUUUGGCUAAUCGCAAUCAUGGCCUACUUUUAAUCUGUUAUAACACUUUCCUCCAGGUAAGCCGAUGUGAGAAGUUUGGCUACAGUGUGAUGGUGACACAGGUAGCAGCAACAGCCCCUGGCGUGGUGGCGUUACACAGCUCAGGUACUAGCUACUUCAUGACAGCACUGAUAGCAGUUUGAAAAUACAGUUAUUGCACAUUACAUUGUAGUCAUUUAGCAGACGCUCUUAUCCAGAGCGACUUACAGUUAGCGAGUGAAUACAUUUUUUUGCUUUCAUACUGGCUCCCCGUGGGAAUCGAACCCACAACCCUGGCGUUGCAAGCGCCAUGCUCUACCAACUGAGCUACAUGGGACCAUACACAUGAAUUACACCUCAGUAUGUCCUGGCAGGUUUCGUGCAGGCCAUAGUGGUUGAGUUAUGGUCGGCUCUGGAGUGUGGGAGAGAGGAUGUGAGGGUCGUUCACCCCAAGUCCACUCGCAUGGACUCCAUAAACAGGAGCUGUCUGAAGGUCAAUUAUCUUCUCAGUUUUCUACAGUUCUGUGUGCUUCAACGUCCAUGGUUUCCUCAUGAUACCUCCUGAGGACAAUCAGCAGGACAACUCAGCCUUGACAUACUCAGUCAGCCUUUCUUAUGAGGUCAUGAGGUCAGACUUACUACAGAGACCAACAGAGUGCUCAUAAACAGGAUGAAUGUCUGAUCUGAGUUGACAGAUGUCAGUGAGCAGUGCUCUGAUUGACGUUGGCGUUAUGAGUAUUGUCCCUGUUGUGUUAGCUCUGUAUGGUGGAUGGGUUAAAGGCUGUGUGUGAAUGGUAGGUCUGUGCCAGGGCUGGGCAACAUACUGCCCAUUCAAUCUGUUUUGGGAAAUUAUUAUUUUGGGUUAAAAAACACUCCAGGCCACUCUUGAAUGUCUAAAACUAGAUACAAAAAAAGUAUGUAGAAAUUAUAAUGGACUUAUGCGUUUUCAAAUAACUGCCCUUUUUCUGGCCCACAAAUUGCUUUUGACAAACAAAUCGGUCCGAAAAAUUGUGAAAUCCCGAUGUGGCCCUCGAGCUAAAAUGAUUGCCUAGCCCUGGUCUAUACCAUAUUCAGACAGGAUAGGAACCAGCCCAGCCGUAGAUAAAAACAACAGACACCAGACCUGCAAGAAUGACAGUAAUGUGGGUUUUUAGAUCUGUUUUGGUGCGAGUUAUUCCCUACAUAGUCUCCCGAGUGGCGCAGUGGUCUAACGCCAGGGUUGUAGGUUCGAAUCCCACGGGGGGCCAGUAUAAUUUUUUUUUUUUUUAAUAAUUGUAUGCACUCACUAACUGUAAGUCGCUCUGGAUAAGAGCGUCUGCUAAAUGACUAAAAUAUAAAAUGUAAUGUCAAUAACGGUAUCUGAUAGAUAAAUAGCCUAGCUCUUGUUUUCUGAUGUUUUAUUUAAAUCCGGUCUUUUGUAUUCACCAAUCUACAGGAAGUAAUCUACUCAUGGAUUCACAGUUGGUGUUCUCUGCAUCAGUUUGAGGGUGAUCUAUCAAUAUGUCAGUCCUCUGAUACACUCUCAGCAAUACACAAUGUCUGUAGUAGAUGUGAAUGUAAUUGUCAUCCUUUUGUUGAGAAGAAAUAGGUUAUUUACAUGCAGAAUAAAUCUCUAGAGACUGAUUGAAUAAAUCUCUAGAGACCGAAUUCCUUAUUCACCCCCAAAAAUAAUUUGUAAGCCGUUUGAAUAGAUAGAAUGUAGGAAAGAAACAAAAACAAUUGCUGCCGAACUCAUGUAAUCUUUACCUUAGUUUUUCAGAACAAUAAAAUGAUGUUUGACUGUUUUGCCCGACCCCUCCUGCUCCCCAGUCGUUCCUGUCCUUGGUCAACCUGCUGUCCUCCCCCCAUGCUGUGUGAGAUUUCUUAGGACAGCAGCCUUUGCCCAAAAAGGCUGAGUACAACCUAAGGGAGAUGCCCACCUCCAUCACAGUGAGUCCUGACCUCAACACUGACCCUCACACACUACGAGGAGAACGCUUGACUUGACUUACACUUGUAUGACUCCUAGGUUGGAUACGGUUUAACAUCAGUUUGUUCAGAUGAUGCUACACAUAAAUAACAUGUGUUGUUUAAAAUAUGUGAAAACGUGAAAGAGAAGAAUGUUUAGUUUAGAUUAUACAGCCAAUAUGAAAGAUAAGGUGGUACUUUUAAAUGUAGUUGCAGUCCCAGGUUCUACCAUAGGAGGGCAUACUUACUCUGUUUGUGUUCAAACAGGGCUAUCGUAACAUUUUUUUUACGUGUGCUUCUACAGACAUAACCAAAUCAAUAACUACUGCACGUUAUCAGUAUUUAGGUAAGAAUUAAUUAUCUACCUUUCACAUAAUUUUCACUCUGUUUUGUACCUCUUUGCCACAAGAUUUGA